CUGGCUGUUUUAUGGUUUCCUUCAACCUUUUCCUUUUUAUUCAUAUACCUUGUUCAUUCAAUUGGCAGGCACAAAACAAGGUUACAUAUUGGGCAAUUGGUGAAGGACACAUCUGCUAAACUUAAGCAAGCUAGUGAAACAGAUCAUCGUGUUGAAGUUAGUGCCAACAAGAAGAUUACAGAUGCUAAACUUGCUAAAGACUUCCAAGCAGUUUUGAAAGAGUUCCAGAAGGCUCAGCGUCUUGCAGCUGAAAGGGAGACAGCAUAUACUGCUUUUGUUCCCCAAGCUGUUCUUCCUUCGAGCUACACGGCCAGCGAGCUUGGCGUAACUUCGGAUAAGAGUCCAGAACAACGUGCUCUUCUUGUUGAAUCUAGAAGACAGGAGGUUUUGCUCUUAGACAAUGAAAUUUCCUUUAAUGAGGCUAUCAUUGAAGAAAGAGAUCAGGGAAUACAAGAUAUCCAGCAACAAAUUGGGGAGGUGAAUGAGAUUUUUAAAGACCUUGCUGUGCUGGUCCAUGAACAGGGAACCAUGAUUGAUGAUAUUGGCUCCAACAUUGAUGGUGCUCAUGCCGCAACUGCACAGGGAAAAGCUCAUCUUGCCAAAGCAGCAAAGACCCAAAGAUCAAAUUCAUCUCUGGCCUGCUUGCUUUUGGUGAUAUUUGGCAUUGUGCUUCUGAUCGUGAUCAUAGUACUAGCGGCUUGAUCAGAAAUUUGUCUCAAUUCAAUGAAUACAUUUGAAUAGAGUGAACUCAGAAUCUGCUCUGGAAGAAGAUAAAUGGUAUCUUUUUUGGUUAAUGUUUUUUUACACAGGCAUGAUUGUUGACUGGAGUGUUGAUCUUUUGAGUCCAAUUUAAUCGCGGCUUUACAGUAUGUUUACCAAUACCGAGUUGUUUUUAUUCAGUGGGUGGGGGUUUGUGUUUUCUUUUGUAAAUUGAUUUGUGGGUUUUGAGGGUGUGGCACAGUUUGUUAUAUCUGUCAAUAAAAUUACGAUUCUUGUGGAGAAUUUCCUCAUGUCUUGGCUGUUUUGAAUUAUUUGAAUUGAUCAACCUUUUGCGUUGACUUUUGGAGUA